AUGAUGAGCUCAAGGAUUAUAUCUUCUGUUUUGGUGGAUCGAAUCCAGGAAGAACCAUUUAUUAAGCCUGUUGAUAUUGUCAAGGAUUUUAAGCAGAACUAUGGUCUUGAUAUCUCUUACCAUACUGCAUGGUAUGCAAAAAAUUUGGCCAAGAGAAAGGUUCAUGGUGAUGAAUCCUCGUCUUAUAGUCGAUUAGUUUGGUAUAGUGAUGCUUUAAUGUCAUCCAAUCGGGGGUCACAUUGUGUCUUGGAGUGUGAUCCCAAGACUUCUCGUUUUUGGAGAUUGUUUAUUUGUUAUGGUGCCUGCAUUGAGGGCUUUCAGUGGUGCAGACCUUUGUUGUUCAUAGAUGUGACUGGUCUAGAAAGUAAGCAUAAGGGGCAACUAAUUGGUGCCACGGGAAAGAAUGGAAACCAAGUUUUGACUCCUCAAGGUAGGACGAUUACAUUUAUAUCUGAUCAUAACAAAGGUCUCACCGAAGCUGUUUCAAACAUGUUUCCAACAUCCCAUCAUGCAUUUUGUCUGCAGCAUUUGAAACAGAACCUUUUAUCUAAAUAUCCUUCUACGUAUGGCAAAUUUUUCCGGGAUCACAUUGUUGAUCUUUUUUUGAAAUGCGCUUAUGCUCCCACUAAAGCUGCUUUUGAGGUUAAUAUGAGAAAUUUAAAACAUGAGGGUGGUGCUCCUGUUAUGACUUUUUUAGAAGAUCUUCCUAAGGAGAGUUGGUCAUAUGCCUAUUUUAAGGGUAAUCGAUAUGGUGAAAUGUGCAACAAUGCUUCUGAAUCAUUUAAUUCUUGGAUUUUUGAGCUACGUGCUUUGCCAAUCUGUCAAAUGGUUGAUGGCAUUAGGAGUAAACUCUUGAAAAUGAUGGCUGAAUGGAGUCGUAAAGCAGAGCAGUGGUGUUCUGUUCUAUGUCCCGUGAUGGAGAGAACAUUGAACGAAAGGUUGAUGGUUGGUAGGAAUUGGAAUGUUAGUCGUUGUAGUGCUUCUGUCUAUGAUGUGCAUGCUGAAAUCUGUGUUAAGGUUGAUUUGGCUAAUCGUUUGUGCUCCUGUCAUGAGUGGCAAAUAAAAGGCUUUCCUUGUGUUCAUGCACUUGUUGCUAUUCAAAAAGAUUCUGGUUGCAUUCAUGAGUAUACUGAUGACCACUUCAAGUCAAGCUACUUUAGAUGUUCAUAUGCGUUUAGUAUUUCUCCCAUACCUAACAUUAAGAAUGUUAUGCAUGAGGGUUCAGAAGAUGUUAUCAUGCCUCCUCUUACUAAGAAGAGACGCGGUAGACCAAGGACUAAAAUGCCAAAAUCUGUUGGUGAAGUUUAA